AUGUCUGAAGAAAACCCAACUCCACAACUUAUCGAUAAUCCUCAACAUGACAGUGGGAGAGUGAUCAAAGAUUUAUUAGCUGGUACAGCAGGUGGUAUUGCUCAAGUUCUUGUUGGUCAACCGUUCGAUACCACCAAAGUUCGUUUACAGACUGCAACCACUAGAACCAAUGCUAUGGAAGUGGUCAUAAAUUUACUUAAAAAUGAAGGUCCCAGAGGGUUUUAUAAGGGUACUUUAACACCAUUAGUUGGUGUUGGUGCAUGUGUUUCAUUACAGUUUGGUGUCAAUGAAGCGAUGAAAAGAUUUUUCCAUUCUUUGAACGAUAGAAAGUCAGAAACGUUAUCAUUGACUCAAUAUUAUUUCUGUGGGGUUACUGGUGGUAUUUCUAAUUCAUUUUUAGCUUCUCCAAUUGAACAUGUUAGAAUUAGACUACAAACUCAAACUGGGAGUGGCAGUAAUGUUCAAUUUAAGGGACCUUUAGAUUGUAUUAGACAGUUGAAAAAUGCAGGUGGGAUUAUGCGUGGAUUAACUCCAACACUCUUUAGAGAAGGUCAUGGUAUAGGUACUUAUUUCUUGAUUUAUGAAGCCUUAGUCGCUAAUGAAAUCAAUAAUGGAAUGAAGAGAAAUGAUAUAUCUCCUUUAAAGUUGUGUUUAUUCGGUGCUUUAUCCGGGACGACAUUAUGGUUAAUGGUAUACCCAUUGGAUGUUAUUAAAUCUAUUAUGCAAACAGAUAAUAUUAAGAAUCCUAAAUUUGGUAAGACAAUGGGUUCAGUGGCUAAGACUUUGUAUGCCAAACAAGGAUUAGGUGCAUUUUUCAGAGGAUUUGGUCCAACUAUUUUAAGGGCAGCACCAGCUAAUGGUGCUACAUUUGCAACAUUCGAAUUAGCAAUGAGAUUACUUGGAUAG